CGGGCAAUGGAGCAGUUGAACUGGUGGCCCGGGGAGCUGAACGCCUCCGAUAAGAAGGAAACGGCCCUAGCACUAGCGCUCGCAGACCAGAUAGCCCACCCUAAACAGCGGCUAGCAGCGCGAAAGGUUUUGCCUCAGGGUAUUACGAAGCGCGGCUUUGUCCUCGCCUUCGAAUAUCUGCCUUUUAACCUUCCUGAAUGGCCAGUAGGUCUACACCUCUUCAGAUCUCUGAGCGUCCCUAUCAUUGUCUCUCCCCGUCAACCCGUCUCUGAAGGUCAUGCUUUGGCAGCUGCGAGAAGGACCCCAAAGGAUGACACCGACGGGAUGUCCUUUACGGUGAAGGAGGAGGCUGUGCUGCUCUGCCAGGCAGCCCUACUGCUUUGUUUGAUUUUUGGGCUCGAUAUCUUCGUAGCGUUCCCAGGAUUCAAGGUGCCCACCUCCUGCUAUUCCACAGCGGCAGCUGCUGCGGUGAAGCCUAGCCAGAAAGAUGGAGCAGCAACAGGAAAACACUCCUCAGCAGAUGCAACCACCGCUGCAGAAAGGCUGCUUUCUGAAUCCCCUCUCUUCCUAAAGGCUGGAGAGAUGGAACCAACUGUGUAUAACGCAACUCUCGACUCCCGCGCUGGCCAUAGUAUCAGGAACAGCAGUGGGCGAGGGCACUCCGUCAUUCGUCAAAGCAGCUCCAACAGACGCCUGCAGCAGCAGCAUUCUGCUCCGAUAUCCGAGCAAUCAAACCCAAUCCACGGUCGCAGAGCGUUAGUCCCAAGCUGGCACUUGGCACAGGAUUACCUACUGAGCCGAUUAGUGUCUGUGGAAGAGCUGCAAGCAGCAUUACCGUGUCUUCUAUCCGCUGACUGGGUCUCUAGCGCCCUCUCUUUAGUUAUUGGGACGGCCACCGCCGUGCUCUCUCCUGUAGAAUGGUUAUCGCUUUUGCGACCCUCCCUUGGGCCUCCAACGCCUUUGAAUAUCCAGGAAAUCGUCGGAAGAUACAACGCGAUGUAUCCUAAACCUGUGGCUCUCAAGGCCGCCCCAUCCGUGGUCUUGGCUGUGCGUCAGCUCAAACAGCAGCAGCUACAGCAGAAGCAGAGGCAGCUGUUACAGCAGCAGCAACAGCAACAAUUGAAGGAGCUUGAGGAGCCUUGGAGAGUUUCCUGCCCACCCAGUCGCAUGGGCCUCCGUUGGAAUUCUUUUAGCGCACCCCCCAAAGCACAGAAAAAGAAGCCCCAACAACAGCAGCAACCGCAGGCCGCAACCUCAAAAGAAAAUCCUUUAGCCGUGGUUGCGUCUGCUGACGAUGGUGGCGCGAUGGGCAGCUUGUUAGGUUUGGGAUGUACAGAGAAGGAGCAGCAAGAGUGGGCGCAACAGCAGGCAGCGCAGCACGUCCUACAGAUGGCCAAUAGUGAGAAGAGCACUAAAGCGCUCUCUCGAUUAUUGGCUGCUUCUGCCUCGGGAAGCGUUUGCAGUAGCAGCAAAGACGCGAAGGCCGUUGCUGCCGCUGGAGAGAGCUUCUGCUUGGAUAUUCUCGUGGUUCAGCAGUGUGUGGAUACCUUUUACACACUAUUUAAGGCGGCUGACAUUUUCGGGGAUCUCCACAAGCUCAUCUAG